AUGGCUAGUUCUCAGAGGCAUCCUGAGAAAGAUGCUGCUGGAAUCAUCAGGCAGAUUGUGAAUGUUGUGCAGGCUUGUCAUUUCAUGGGUGUGAUGCAUCGUGACAUUAAGCAUGAGAACUUCCUGUUUUCAAGUAACGAUGAGAAUGCUCUCCUCAAAGCAAUCGACUUUAGAUGCGCUGUCUUUAUCGACAAAGGAGAAGUAUACAAUGAUCGUGUUGGGACUGGUUGUUAUGUUUCUCCUGAAGUAUUACAAGGACAUUACGGGAAAGAAGCUGACAUUUGCAGUGCAGGGGUUGUUUUGUACAUACUACUCUGCGGCCAACCUCCCUUUGUGACUAAACCUGAGGAACAUAUUCUCAAUGAGAUACAGAAUGCUCCAAUUGAUUUUGAGAGCCAUCCAUGGCCUUGUAUAUCUUCAGCAGCCACAGCUCUUGUCAAGAAGAUGCUUAUCAGGAACCCCAAGAAACGAAUCACUGCUGCUAAGGAUAUCCUUGGAUCACAGACGGAGAAGCCUCCAGUAAGCCUAUUGAUAGCGUUGUUUCAACCCGUUUGA